AUUGAAACGCCGGGCACGGGCACGCACAAGUCCGUCUUGCGCUCAACUCCCACUAGGAUUUCUUCACCACAUCUAGCUCGAGGUUGACUGUACGCUGUGGUCGUCUGCCUCGCGCAAAGCCGAGUUGGAACCUCUAGGCAGUGAGACAAAGUCGAGAUGGCGCCCUCCGUAGCCGGCAAGCGGGACCCGUUCGUCCUGCACGCGUCGACCAUCGCCCGCGCCCACACCUAUCUCGCCUUCGCCGCAUUCCUGAGUGCCCUCGCCAUCGGCUGCGCGCUCCACUACAAGAAGAUUGUCAAGAAUGGCGUCGCAGGAUACCCUGAGGAGUGGUUCCCGUCCGUGUCCGCAACGAUCGGAGAUUGGUACCCAGAACGAAACAUCUUCCAGAUCUUGAUAGCUAUAAAUGCCGGACCGAGGUUCGCGUUGGUUGCGCUGCAAUACUACCUGCACAGGUCCGCGACCUCCAGUAUACCAGGCUUUCUCUUCCUAGUCGGGCUGCUCCGCACACUUUCCUGCGGAGGAUGGGUCUUCAUCACGAGCUCGGACGACCAUGAUGUCCAUGACGUGCUCAUGGUUUCCUACAUUGUGCUGAACCUGCCGUGGAUGUUCGGUUCUCUAGCAUUCACGCCUGCGAACCACACUGCUGCUAGACGUCGGAGACGAUGGACUUCCAUAGCUUUCUUCGGCUCUCUUGUCCCAAUGAUAUACUUCUUCAUCCAGCAUAAAGUGCAUCGUAUACCAGGAGCGUACACGCGGUAUAGCUUCUUCGAGUGGAGUCUCAUACUCCUGGAUGUCAUGUACGACUCUUCGGUAGAACUAGACUUGCAAGCAGCGGACUUGAAGAUGACUGUAGGGAACUUCGUGGCCAGUUCAUCCGAGGCAGACAAAAUCGCGGAUGCUCCUCUCAGUAGUAGCGUGUCCGCCCCUACACCGGUCGCAGCCACGACAGCUGUCAAGUCGGCUGGUGAGAGUACCUCACAACCAAACGGCAAGGAGGCUACUGCAACGAAAGCCACUGCAACACAGUCCCUAUACUCGUGUGCACAGCCGACCGUAUCGUUCGUCAGCGACGUGUAUCUCUCCUACAUGUUCUGGUCGGUCUUCACCGCCCUCACGCCGACGCUCUUCUACUUCUCGAUCUGGCAGCUCGGCAUCUCCGGACAAGAGCUCGCUCUGCUGUCUUCCCUCUCCCCGCUCUUGCUGGGGAUCCCUCCGUUCAAGGGAUGGGCCUACAGCAGGGAGGGUCGCACGACCCUGCACGUUCUGACGCUGGUCGGCCUUGCUUCGUACUUGUCUUCGAGUCCUAUGACUAGACUCCUGUUGGUGUCGUUUGCGAACUCCGCAGCUACUGUCGGUGCGACUGCGGUGUGGUUUGGCGGGGAUGAUGAGGGAGUUGCAUACCAGGCUUUGGUCACUGGACUCGGCUUUCUCAUGACUUCCCUGUCGAAGCACGCCAACCACUCGAACAACCCUAUCUGGCCAUUUGUCAACGAGAAUUCGGGCGGAUGCAAUAAGACUGGCAUUGCGCUCGCACUUCUCGCUAUCCUUGAGUUCGCGUAUCGUCCCGUCCAGUCGCAGCCUGUCAAGCCUGCGAAGUCUGCUCCAACCCCUGCGCCUCAGACGCACUGGUUCCCUGGUGCUAUUUUCCUUGGAAGCUUCAUCUUCUCACUGCAUUCCCUACUAGGCGACCCUAGCACGCUCAUCGCCUGGUCAUGGACCGGAUAUCCGAUCACCGGCCCCAUCCCGAGCCAGCACGGCUCGCUCACGCACCUCGCCCAGGUGCUUGGGCUCGGACUUGCUGCGUUCCUCGCGGGCUCCGCGUCCACCUCUGACGUCCUCGCGCACCCGCUGUACCUCGCGCUCGGAUCCGCGAGUGCGUACGUGAUGUACACCUACAAGGACUGGACGGGGUACGCGGGUGGGCUGGGCGUCGCGGCGUUCCUCAUGAGUCUGGUACCGACCGUGUGGGCGCGCGCGAGGGCGGCUGCGCUGGACGGCGGGGUGGCGAAGACGGCGGCGGUCGCGUGGCUGGUGGUGUGCUUUUUCGACGUCGCGAGCGUGUUCACGGUCGCGUAUGCGUUCGUGCCUGGGGGAGAGUACUUCCGCGAGCGAACGAACUGGGUGCUCGCGGCGCAGUUUGCGGGCAUCGGUCUUGCGUUCAAGUGGCCUGCGUUGGGCAACGGCUCUGUGGCUCUGACCCUCUCGAAGCGCGCACAGUACACUGUUCAGUACGCGCUUGCGCUCCUGUCGGCGUUGUCGCUCCUCGCGACGCUUUACCACAUACCGACCGUGGUGCCGACGCCUCAUCGACCUGGGCCGAGGAUCGUCAGAGCGGGUAUUUGGACGGUGCAUUUCGGGAUCGACAAUCGGGGCAGGGACAGCCAGAGGUUGAUGCGGGACUUGAUCAAGGACAUGGAACUGGAUGUUGUCGGGUUGCUGGAGACGGACCUCCACCGCGUUACCUUUGGGAACCGUGACCUUACGCGGGUCAUCGCAGAAGACCUCGGUUUCCAUGUCGAUAUAGGUCCGGGGCCUAAUCAGCACACCUGGGGCGCGGUGCUACUCUCGAAGUUCCCCAUCAUCAACUCCACGCACCAUCUCCUGCCUUCACCUGACGGCGAGCUUGCGCCUGCUAUCGAGGCCUACCUAAAUAUGUUUGGUACACCGGUCAAGGUCAUCGUGUCUCACAAUGGUCAAGAGGAGACUCCACUUGACCGCGAGUUACAAGCCACCGAACUCGCUCGCAUCAUGGCAGAAUCGUACCCCGACCCGGUCAUCUUCCUCGGCUACGUCGUCACCAAGCCGCACGCCCCGCGCCCUGCGCCGUAUCAGAUAAUGGUGGAGGACGGCAAGGUGUUCGAUAUCGACGACGAGGACGCUGACCGCUGGUGCGAAUACAUCUUCUAUCGCGGGCUGUAUCGCACGUCCUAUGCGCGGGUGUCGAGGGGCAUCGUGACAGACACCGAGAUGCAAAUCGGCCAGUUUGUUGUUCCGCCGUACAAACGGACCAUCAGGGACGACAGUAGGACCGCUAGAUAUCUUCGGUCGUUCAAGGAGUGGCUGCCGGAGGACCAUUGGUUCCCAAUGGAAUAUUAUCCCGAACUUGGCGGCAAGAACGGCCACGGUUAUCAUGUUUUCAACACACCACUGUACUACAAGCUUCCCGACGAGGCUUUGGGAACCCCCUCCGACGACUGAUCUGGUUAUGUUGUUGUAUCUACAUAUACACUAGUCUGUUGUAAACUACCUUGCUGUACCCUGUAAGUGCUCGACUUCGCUCUCGUCUUCAUCGCUGUCGGACUCCUCUCCGCUGGACUCUGCUUGGUGACUCCCAUCAUCAUCUCCAUCGUCCUCCUCGCUCUCCUCACUUUCGCUCUCUUCCGUCUCCUCAGUCUCCUCCGUAUCUUCGUAAAAUCUAUCCAAAUCCAUAUACGCCGCCUUUGCGCCCUCCUGUUGCCGUGAAAAUGAGCCUGCAGGCGAGGCGCCGCCGCCCGUCGGCGUGAGUACGAUCGGAGUUGGCCUGGCGCUAUUUGACGAGAUGGAACGCGCGGCGGAAGACUGGGCCGUGAGCACCGGGGGUUGCGGCACAUCCGCUUCGGUAUCCCGGAGCGAGGACUCCGUGCCCUCUUCCAGCCAGUCGGGCAAGUAGUUGUCGCUCCCCGCCCACUUGCCUGUCACUGCGGCGAGCGAGCCGAAGCGUCCGUGAUCGUCGUCAUUCGCGGCAGCAGGCUCUUCAGCGGCACUGGACUUGCCUUCGAAUAGCACCAGUCUGACUUGCUCGCGUCGCAGGACCACACCACCGACGUCUUCGUGCAUAUCGUCGCUAUCUCCGAGGACGUUUGGGGCGACCCCGGCGAGAAGCGCGCUGAGCAUCCGCCCGCGAUCGCGCACGUCGUAGUUGAGGUCGUACCGCGCGAGCGAGAAGACGUAUCGGUUGAGCAGGCCGAUCGUCCGGUCCGCGGGCGACAACACAAGGAGUUUUGCGGCGAGCGUGAUGAUCUGCAACUUUACGGCUGGCGCCUCUUGCGUGAAGGACUUCGCGGUCUUGCGCAGCACGUCAGGUGCCCACGGAGCUAUGCCUUCUGGUCCUGCGUGCGUGAGACCAUUGGAAUUGUCUGGGGCCGCAGACGAUGCGGCGUACUGGCCGACUAGCCAUAUGACGCAGGCCCGAGCCUUAGGGUGGCGGAUCUCGUCUAGACGACGUGCGAGGCGGGAGAUGAUCUCAAGAGGGGAGAAGGUGGACGGUAGUGCGCCGUACGCUAUCGCGUCUUGUUGCUGUUGUAGGCGAAUUUGCACUAGUGACUUAAGGACCAGGACGGCAUUCGCGACGAUCACGUCGUGUUUGCUCUGGAUGAACGACAUGAGUGCCGUGAGACACUGCUGGGUGGACUCAGGGAUCACGCGUGCGAUAUAGCCGAUGGCUUGUAUGGAGUCAGCAACCAACUCGUCGUCAGCAUCGUCGGCGUAGCAAAUGAACUCUCGGAGAAGUGAUGGAUAAUUUUCCGGAUUGACAACCGCGCGAAGAAGCCGAACCUUAUCCUUCUUCACUCGCUGCGGGUCGUCUGCUCUGACCAGAAACGCGAUGUAUGACUUCGCAAGAACGUCAGUUAACGCAGACGAAGUAAUCGCUAGAUUGGUGAGAACGAUACGUUCGACCUCGGGCGACACGUGCAGAAGUCGCAAUAGAGGGGGAACAAUCUUCGGUAGCUCAUUCUGCGGCGCUAGGUAGUAAAUCACUCGUGCAACAGCCAGAACGACAGCAGGGUUGUUAGACUGCAGUAGAGGCUCCGCAGACGUAAUGAGCAAUUUCAGGUCGCUGUCGACGUCGAAGCUUAAUGACGACCCAGCCGCCGUCGCGGGGAUGGGUCGAGGCAGCAUCACGCGAGCAUAGCGGAUGAGCAAAUUGAUGAGGUCGACCUGACCCCAUUCGUCCAUGUCAAUGAGGGUCCUGCACAGUCGUCUAUAGUGCUGGUGUAGAAGGUCAAGGCGUGUCGGGCACACAGCUUCGAAGGCGAUGGCGACGCUUCCUAGCGAAAGCGGAGACUGGUCCUUCAACAGCGUAGAGAUGAUUUUGAUGAGCUCAGGCUGAUGCGUCGAGUCUAAGUGAUAGAGCUUCGGUAUGGCCAGUGCGGCGGCUUUGCGGACGUACGGGCUGAUGUCGGCGGCACACUUCUUGAUGGCGAGCAUGACGAUGCUGCCAAUCAUGGGCACCUGUAUUCCGGAGAGUACGCGGAGGGCCAUGGCACGGAUGAGGGGGUUAGGAUCGGAGAGGUCCUUCUGGAAGGUGUUGAUGGACAGGAGCGCAAGGUCCGGCUCCUGCUCGGCGUAGCGGAGGAGAUAGAUGUACACGAGCUUCCGGAUCUCGAGGUUAUGAGAGGCUACAUUCUUGACCACUUGAGCAAAGAACUCGGAGACGUUCCUGCCCUUGGAGACCAAGGCGAGGAGCCUCUUCAUUGCCUCAAGCUUCUCCCUGUCACUGUUCGAGUCCAACUGUUUCCGGAUAUUCUUGACCUUUUCCUCUGGGUUGUCGAGGUAGGCCGAGCCGGAAGCCCGCAGGCUGAGGUCCCUAGUCUGUUCCGAGAGAGUCUCUUGAAGGCGGGCUCCCAGCCUGACGGCAUUUUCGGUAAGGACAUUGAGGUUCAAAGCAGCCAUGGUGGUAUACCGCUACGAGUGCAUGAGAG